GUUUCUCUCUCUCUCCUGCUCCCCUCUCGUGUCCCCUCUCUGUGUCUCUCUCCUGCUUCUUCCGCACCUCCCUCUCUCACUCUCUCCUGCUCCUCCUCCUUCACCUCCUCUGUCUCUCUUUCUUUCUCUCCCUCUCUCUCUCUCUCUGUCCUGCUCCUCCCUCACCUUCUCACACUCUCUCUUUCUCUCUUACCCCUGCUCCUCCCUCGCGUCCUCUCUCUCUCUCUCUCUCUCUCUCUGUUUCUCUCACCUGCUCCUCCCUCAUCUCUUCUCGGUCUCUCUCUCUCUCCUGCUCCUCUCUCAUGUCCUCUCUCUCGCUGUCUCUCCCUCCUGCUUUUUUCUCACCCCUCUCUCCUUCUCCUCCCUCACGUCCUCUUUCUUUCUCUCUCUCUCUGUCUGUCUGUCCUGCUCCUCCCUCUCCUUCUCUCUCUCUCUCACCUAUUCCUCCCUCACCUCCUCUCGGUUUCUCUCUCUCUCCUGCUCCCCUCUCGUGUCCCCUCUGUGUCUCUCUCCUGCUUCUUCCUCACGUCCCUCUCUCUCUCUCUCUCCUGCUCCUCCUCCUUCACCUCCUCUGUCUCUCUUUCUUUCUCUCUCUCUCUCUCUCGCGCUCUCUCUGUCCUGCUCCUCCCUCACCCCCCCCCCCCCCCUCCUGGUCGCUCUCACAGAAACACAAGAAGCCCUGCGGCGGAGGGGAGAAGCAGGAGAAGCAGUACCCAAACGAGCGAGAAGCAGCAGAAGUCCCACCUGAGAAGAAGCAUCAUCACCUGACCUUCCGGACGAGCGCCCAAAGCAUGCCCCAUCGCAGCCAUGACUUGCUCGGCGUCAGAUAGUGAGAAGAUCGUCAUCAACUGCGGAGGAAUCCGACAUGAGACCUACCGGAGCACCCUGAAGACGCUGCCGGGGACGCGGUUGUCCUGGCUGACGGAGCCCGACGCCUUCAGCAACUUCGACUACGACCCCAAGUCCGACGAGUUCUUCUUCGACCGCCAUCCCGCCACCUUCGCCUUCAUCCUCAACUACUACCGCACCGGGAAGCUGCACUGCCCCAACGACGUGUGCGGUCCUCUCUUCGAGGAGGAGCUCGCCUUCUGGGGCAUCGAUGAGACGGACGUGGAGGCGUGCUGCUGGAUGAACUACCGGCAGCACCGCGACGCCGAGGAAGCCCUGGACAGCUUCGAGACUCCCGAGCCGGACGCGCCGGAGGAAGACCCGGCGCUCACCGGCGGGGCCGACGGGGACCUCAAGCGGCUCUGCGUGCAGGAGGAUGGACGCCGGGCCACCUGGUGGGAGGUGUGGCAGCCCAAGAUGUGGGCUCUCUUUGAGGACCCCUACUCGUCCAAAUACGCCCGGUAUGUGGCGUUUGCCUCGCUCUUCUUCAUCCUCCUCUCCAUCUCCACCUUCUGUCUGGAGACCCACGAAGUCUUCAACACCAUCUACAACAAGACCGAGAACAUCACUGUUGGCAACGUCACACACGAGGAGAUCGUAUACGAAGUGGUGACAGACGGCUGGCUGACGUACGUGGAGGGUGUGUGCGUCAUCUGGUUCACCAUCGAGGUUCUGCUGCGCGUCAUCUUCUGCCCCGACAAAGCUGAGUUCUUCCGCAGCGCCCUGAACAUCAUCGACUUUGUGGCCAUCGUCCCCUUCUACCUGGAGGUGGCGCUGAGCGGACUGUCUUCCAAAACCGCCAAAGAUGUGCUGAGCUUCCUGCGCGUGGUACGCUUCGUUCGAAUCCUGCGUAUCUUCAAGCUCACCCGCCACUUUGUGGGUUUGCGUGUGCUGGGCCAUACCCUGAGAGCCAGCACUAACGAGUUCCUGCUGCUCAUCAUCUUCCUGGCACUGGGCGUCCUCAUCUUCGCAACCAUGAUUUACUAUGCCGAACGCAUCGGUGCUGACCCGGAUGACCCCACUGCCGCUGCCCACACAAACUUCAAGAACAUCCCCAUUGGGUUCUGGUGGGCCGUGGUGACCAUGACCACGCUGGGGUACGGGGACAUGUACCCGGAGACUUGGUCGGGAAUGUUAGUGGGCGCCCUCUGCGCCUUGGCCGGCGUAUUGACCAUCGCCAUGCCCGUUCCCGUCAUCGUAAACAACUUUGGCAUGUACUACUCGCUGGCCAUGGCCAAGCAAAAGCUCCCCAAGAAGAGGAACAAACAUAUACCUCGAGCACCCCAACCUGGAAGUCCCAACUACUGCAAACCGGACGCUCUCGCCAUGGCCACCGCCUCACCGCACAGGCUCAUGGGAAAUGUGCUGGGGCCUGGCAUGGUGACAUCCGGUAGCUUGAUCGCCGCUGGAGAUUGUCCGCUGGCACAGGAGGAGAUUAUUGACAUCAACAGAGCAGACUCAAAACGAAAUGGCGAUGCAGCCAAUGCGGCAGCACUGGCCAAUGAGGACUGUCCCACCAUUGACCAGGUUCUGGGGGACGAGCGCAGUCCGGCCACCGGGGGCCUCGGUUCGACCACCAGCCGUGAGCGCUACCCGCAUGAUCGGGCCUGCUUCCUGCUGAACGCUGGGGAAUUCCAGCGCACGACAGAUGGCAACGUUCGAAAAGUAGGAGGCACUGUCAACGGCUACUGGAGCGACAGCCCGUGGUAGAGCAGCCGUGGACUCAUGGAGCAGAACUUGACAAGACCCCUUCCCAACAUCCAAAUAUGCAACACAAAGCGGACGACGGCGCUGUUGGACUCGUACGCCGCCAGUGUGUACGUGUGUGUGUACGUGUGUGUACGUGUGUGUGCACAUGCAGCUACCUCUGUACUCUACUCAGACGCACAAAAGACUUUCGAGAUGAAAGGAAGAAAUGCUUUUGUUCAAUGGAAGACACAUAUUUCAUUCAUUAUGGAUUUAUGAAUAUUUUUAUGAUUAUUAGGCUCUUGCAUUCAGUCAGGGGUGUCCAAUUGUUUUCCACCUGGAGGAUGUGGCUUAUUUCAUACAUUUCAAUGAUUCAAACAUUCAACCUUAUUAAUAUGACUCUAUCUGCUUUCAUCGGCCGUGGGCCAAUAAAAAUCCACUUGCGGGCAGGAAAUGGCCCCCCAGCCAAACUUUGGACACCCUAGGACUAAACUCUCCAAAAUUCUGCUCCCAGAGUUUGAGAUGCGUGACUGAUUGGACAUAUAAAAUUUGAUCUUGCUAUGUUGGAUGUGUUUAAAAAGGAAUCAUGCUUAUUUUCAUUGUGGGCGAGAUGGAUUCAUAUUCAUCUGCAGAAUUUGGAAGAGUUUUCAUUUUGCACCAAUGAGACAAAAGAAGUGGAACAUUUUGUCUUUCCUUGGGAACCAAGGAGAUGGCUUUUUUGGUGAUGGAUCGGUCAUCAGCAAGCAAGACUAAAGAGCUUCUGCUAUGUCCACACCAACACUCACUUCAAAAACACACAUUUCAUCAUUAGUGGUGUAUGUCCUUGAAGGCAGCGUCUGCUGUCUGGUAUUACGCCAUCUCAGUAAAUAUGACAGUACUUUUAAGUUCUUUUAAGUGUGUUCAUCCUGGUAAUCCACGACUCCGGUCUGGACCAAAACAUUUUCAAAAGAUACUUGGUCACAUGCUGGCGUUUCACAACCCUCACAACAAAACACUUUCACACGCGCCCUAAUCCCCUAAAGCUAAUUAAUUAAUUAAUUAAUGCUAAUUAAAGCUAAUUAAGCGCUUGAGCCACCCUUAGAAGCAACAACCACAGCCUUUGUGAUAGCUUCCAGCAUUGUGGAGUCACAUUGGAGGCUUUCCCAGCACUGACCUUAAUCGAGGCAAGUCAAGCCUGCGGUUCUUUGAUGUCGUUGUGGGGUCUUUUGUGACCUUUCAGAUGAGGCGUGGUGUCAUGGGAAGGUUCACCACUGUUCCAUAUUUGUGGCCAUUUGUGGAUAAUUUAAUAAUUUGUGGCUCUCACUGUGGUUUGCUGGAGUCCCAAUGCUUUCCAGACUGAUAGAGCUCCAUUCAUGUCACUUAGGUUAUGUUUAAACACUCCACUGUAUGUACUGUAUUAUACUGUACAUCAUUAGAAAAUGUGAGUUUUUUUAAGGUGUGUGUUGGUGUGGACCAAGGGGCCAAGUGGGACCGGCCUGGACUGAUCUUUGGUCAGGUCAUCCUUUUUGGGUUCAUUGCACAUCACAGCAUGAGUUUGUGUUUUUCGGGGGGACGGAGUCGUGAUAUAUCGUUUCACACACAUCAGUUAUGCAACAUGACACUGUGCGCACACACACUCACACACACGUCUACCUAGUGUCCUCACCUGCCCUGUGUCCACUGGUGGUCUGCGCCCCCCCACACGCAGCAAAGAGCAGGUGAUGUUUGCGAUGUAUAUAACAUGUCAGACGUGCAUGGUAGGUGAAUGUGCAUGGGUUUCCAUUGCAAGCAAUAAGGAACGUGGUAUGAAAGCUGGAGUAGAAGUAGAACAAGUAGAGCGUGAAGGUGUGAUUGUGCACAUGCAUCUGCACUAACUCCGCAUGCAGCACAUCAAAUACGAAUGUAGGAUGCGGACCUUGACUUUAUGCAUGCCAAAUGCUAUGAUGCUCCUGGUCCCAAGAGACCAGCUUAGGUACUGUAACGGGGCCGGGCAGG